ACCAGGACGGAGAGAGAGACAGGUGUGGAUGGAGACCAUGUCAUUGGCUGCUCAGGAAGGGCGGCGGCUAAGGGGGGAGUGGUUCUAGGGGCUUGGGUCUAGGGUGUGUAGCCGUAGAAGGGAGGGAUGCAGGGGGGUUGGCAGCUUUUCAGUUAUGUAUAUAUCCCCAUCAUCAGGAGGUCAACAGCAGUCACGGUGAAGGCACGAGAUGCUGGGCAGCCGGCUGGAGGCCAAACUCCAAGCACUGACUUCAAAUCACCGGUGAUCGAUUGGCCCCGACCUCCUCAACUCUCCCUCCUGCACCAUGAACCCUGCGACCGCCUCCGCCCCCCAGCAGGGGGAGCUAGCGACCCCUGCAUCGGGCACUGACCCGCUGGAAGCGGAGUGUCCCGUCUGCUACCAGGAGUACAACCGGUACACCAAAUGCCCCCGGAUGCUGGAGUGUCUCCACGUCUUCUGCGGCGAGUGCCUCCAGAGGAUCCAGCUGUGUCCGUGUGACGCCCACGGCCUGCCCGCCAUCCCCUGCCCCCUCUGCCGCCACCUCACCCCCCUCCUGAGCGGCGACACCCUCUGCCUGCCCCCCAACCUGCGGAUACUGGCCCGGCUGCCCCCCGCCGCCUACAGCCUGCCCUCAUCCCUGCAGGCGGCGCCCCGGCUGCACGCCUCGGUCACCCAGCGCGUGGUGCUCUCCAUGGAGACGGCGGGCGGCAUCAUGAAUCACCACCAUCGCUUCAUCAUCCUGCCCACCGUCAGCCUCCAGGUGCAGCAGAUGCACGCCGGACUCGGGGGCGCGCUAGGGGCCCAGGGCCUCAGGGCCGAGGAGGUGGGGGUGCAGGUCAGGCAGCAGCACAAGAGGAAGCUGGUGUGUGUGCAGGUGCUGGCCGUGGCCUUCUGGGUCAUGUUCGUGAUCACGUGUGUUGUGGGUGUGGUAUUUGGGCCGCAUUUGUUCCACAAAUGAGCAGGCGUUCUUUAGGGUGAGAGACUAGGAAGGUUGGAACACUUUCGUUUUUUUUACCCAUAAUACCUCCAUAUUAUGUGUACCUGGUGAGAAAUGGAUUCUUUGUAAACUAGCAUCAAACUUUUUAGAUCCCAGUGCUUUUUGUUUGUGUGAUUUCUAGCUUUAUUAACUUUGGAACUUGUACGUUUGUAACUAUUUGUUCUUUUGAUUAUGCUUACUUGGCUGUUUGGAUCAUGGAUAGAGAAUAUGUUUAGACUGACUCAAUACAUAGAGGUGGCAACACAGGUAAGUUCCUUUACAUGAAAAUGAUUAGUCAAAAUCAAUGUCAAUUCUUAUUCUGAAAGAUAACACUGAGUUAACAUCUCGUUUUUUUGAUUACUUGAGUGUAAAUAUAUCCACCAUAUAAAAAUAUUUAUGUAUGAAUAUUUAGUCUUGAUGAAUCUUUUUUUUUCUUAGGGUUGACAUGUGUAUAUUAUAUAAUUAAUUAAUGAAUUACACAUUAUCAAAACUAAUGAACUGAAUUUAGUUUUGGGUAUGGGAAGCAACUGUUUUUUAUUGGUAAAUUCACAUUUACUGCUAAAGAAGUCAAACAAUUUUGGUAAAAUUGCAGCAAACAUACUAUGCUCUUGAUUGUUUUUUUUUGUUGUGCACUUGUUUGAAUGCAAAUGAGUGUGCACACAGCCGUUUUCGAAAUUGAUGAAAAAACAUAGAAAAGUCUGACAGGUUUUAUCGGAGUAAAAAAUGCAAUUUGUGGAAACAUAUAAACACGAACACCCAGAGCCCAGAAGUAAACAUGCCAACGUUGACACCCGUUGGUAUAAAAAAAUAUAUAUUCACACCCGACGCAGUACUGCUAAUCAUGUAUUCAUACUCACAUCUGUUGUCAUCCUUCUUUGCCGAAUGAUCGAUCAUGAAUGCUUCUGCGCAGUAUAGCCUAAAUAAUUUAAGAGGUCUCAGAUCAAUGAAGUGGGAAUUGAUUGGUAUCUGUGGUUGUGGUUGGCUCUAGAGGUCCCCUGGCUCCACAUAGAGCAAGCAUGCUGUAUAGUCUCAAGCUUCUUGUGGGGGCAGAUUUUUCAUUUCAAUCAUACUAUUGUGUACAGGAAAAAGCCACUAUGAAAUGCAUUAUUGGAUUGUACUUCAAUUGAUAAAUUCACCUUCUUGUCUUAAUGCA